AUGAAGCGUACACUCAGUUUAGAGGAGGCUGUUGCUGCAGUUUUGCACUCUUCAGAAAGCGAAAAAGAUACCACUCCAAGCAGUGGAGAUUUUUCUGACAGCGAAGGGGAGGAAUAUUUGCCAGGCACAGAGGAGCUUUGCAGCUUGUCUGAGGAGGAGGAGGAAGAAGAGGAAGAAGAGACAAGACUGGAGGCUGACCAUCAGUGGACAUCAAAAAAUGGAGAAAUCAUGUGGCAACCCACCCAUGAAGAGGUCCUGCCCUUUUUUCCUCCUCCCAUUUUGACCCCAGGACCAACUCACUAUGCAAUUGCUAGGAUCAGUAGCCCUGUGAGCAGUUUCAAUCUUUUUUUUGCGGAGGACAUUAUGCAGUUAAUCCUGCAUUUUACAAACCUGCAGGGAAAAAGGUCGGUGAAAGAGUGGAAGGACACAGAUGAGGAGGAGCUGCGAGCCUACAUGGGGCUUCUGGUCCUGGCUGGCAUGUACAGGUCCCAACAUGAAUCAACAACAAGCCUGUGGGAUGGGGAGACAGGACGAGUUCUAUUUCCUGCCACCAUGUCAAAGAAAAGAUUUGCUCAAAUUAAUCUGGCAAUCAGAUUCGAUGAUCGACUUUCUCGCCCAGGUCGCUACAGGGGGGACAAGCUGACGCCUAUAAAAGAUAUUUGGAGCAAAUGGAGCGACCGCCUGCCCAAAUUUUUCAACCCAGGGAGGGAUAUCUGUGUAGAUGAACAGCUGGUCCCUUUUAAGGGCCGCUGUUCAUUCAAGCAGUAUAUGCCCUCCAAACCGGCUAAAUAUGGGCUAAAGAUCUGGGCCCUCUGCGAUGUGCAGACCUCCUAUGCGUGGAGGCUUCAAGUCUACACAGGAAAGUCUGCAUCAGCGAACAGAGAGAUGAACCAAGGCAUGCGGGUGGUGCUGGAGUUAACAGAGGGGCUGCAGGGCCACACAGUCACCACUGACAAUUUUUUUACUUCAUUUCCUCUUGCAGAGGAAUUGAGGAAGAGGAGGAUGGCCCUGGUGGGCACGCUACGGUUGAAUAAACCUGAGCUGCCCCCACAGCUUCUGAACAUUCGAGACAGAGACGUUCUGUCGUCUGUCUUUGGCUUUAGCCGCAACAGGGCUGUCGUAUCUUAUGUCCCCAAAAGAAGAAAAAAUGUUGUUGUGCUGAGCACCAGGCACCGUGAGCCACAGGUCCAGGACUUUGGGAAGAGAAAGCCCCAGAUCAUCCUGGAUUACAACAAAUGCAAAGCGGCUGUGGACCAUCUGGACCAGGUUUGUGGCACCUACUCCUGCCGUCGGCGGACACGUAGGUGGCCCAUGUGUCUGUUCUACCACAUGAUCGAUGUCAGCCUCUACAAUGCUUUCAUCCUGUUCACUGCCGUGGAACCAGAGUGGAACAGAGGAAAGCGCUACAGGCGGCGUCUGUUCAUUGACGAGGUUGGCAGGGCCCUUAUCACCCCAACAAUGAUGACGAGAACACGGCUACCCAGAACACCAUUUGCAGCCAGCCUGGUCUUACAGGCCCAGGGCAAAGAUCAGCAGCAGGGGCAGCAGAGGCAGCAGGAGCAAUCCAUCAACAUCACUGCUUUUAGGAACCUCUGUUGUUUCAGAGGUGUCUAG